AUGAAAUCUGCGCAUUGGGUUUCUAAGACAGAGAGACAAUCCCGACCACGCUCUGACCACCAUCAAAUAAAGCUCCGUGCCUUUGAUACGCCCCACGAGUCUCUAAUCCGACAACCAUUGGUGAGUGAUGAGAAAACAACCUCGAUAAACCCGUCCACCAAAGCUGAACGCGUGAAAAUAGAUCUUGGAAAACCACUCCCGCUAGAAUACGAUACUGUACUACGGCAAUCCCGACGAGGACCGCGUCUUGUAACCAAGAACGACGCGUCUUUUGCAAGAUUGGAGACCUCGCUCAGCCCACCCCCGCGAACGCUGAAGUCUCGUCUUUCGCAUCGCGCAAGGUUUUACGAGACUCUCCAGGAAAUACCAAAGCACAAGUCUGAGCAAACAGGAUCUCUAGAGAGUCAAUUAACUGCAGAUAAAAACGCUUUGUCACCCAGAGAAAUGCGUCUAAAACGACUGCGCCAGAUCCUGCUGGGAAACGAAAGCAAGCACAUACAACCUGAACGUAAUAUAGAAGCAGAAAUAGAGCAGAACGAUGCCUCUGAAAAUUCCGAGCCUGCCACAUACCCGUCGCAAAGUAUGGUGGAUAAUGAGACUAUGGCACUUCUGAGCAUUAAAUCCAAACCAUCAUACUACAGUUACUGGUUUCUGCCUUUAUUGAUUCUGCUGACAAUUCUCUCCUACCUGCUUUCCGAUUGA